AUGGCUUCGAGCACCCCAGAGACGAAGUUGGCCUCGUGGUGGAAUUAUUUCUUCCUUUAUGAUGGUUCGAAGGUGAAGGAAGAAGGCGACCCAACGAGAGCCGGUAUUUGUUAUUUUUACCCUGCUCAGACGCUGCUCGACCAGCAGGAGCUGCUCUGCGGACAGAUCGCCGGCGUGGUCCGCUGCAUUGCGGACAUUUCUGGAUCUCCUCCCACCCUCAUCCGUCUGCGGAAGCUGAAGUUUGCCAUCAAGGUGGACGGAGAUUACCUCUGGGCCCUAGGCUGUGCUGUCGAGCUCCCUGAUGUCAGCUGCAAGCAGUUUCUGGAGCAGCUCAUUGGCUUCUUUAGCUUCUACCAUGGACCUGUGUCUCUGGCUUACAAGAACUGCUCCCAGAAAGAACUGAGCACCGAGUGGGACAUCUUCAUUGAGCAAAUUCUGCAGAACACCGGUGACCUGCAUAAGAUCUUCAAUUCGCUGUGGAACUGGGACAGAACCAAGGUGGAGCCCCUACUGUUGCUGAAAGCUGCCCUCAUCCUGCAGACCUGCCAGCGAUCGCCUCACGUGCUCGCCGGCUGCAUCCUCUACAAGGGCCUGAUUGUCAGCACCCAGCUGCCGCCGUCCCUCACCGCCAAGGUCCUGCUUCACCGAGUGACACCUCACAACAAGAGAACACCUACAGACGUGGAUGCCCCGCAGGGAUGCGGAGCAGCUCUUCCCCCGGAUGUGCAGAUCACGCCCGUGUUCGUGACCAAGGAGGAAGCAGACAGUCUCCUGGAGUUCCCAGCGGCUCCCGUGACAGGCUCUCCCGCCUCACCAGCCGGCCAGGUGAGCCCAACCCAGCGUCCUCCCAGGAACCAGAGUCCAGCUGAACUGAAGGAGGAUGCCGUCGGGCAGGUGGACUUGACAGCCUGGACCUGGACAGCCACCCCGGAGGCCAGGUGCUCCGACUUAGCUGGGCCGAAUGGCACAGGGGUGAACGGACAGCUGUUUGACCCUUGCUGUGAGAGCUUCGGGCCUUCGGAGCAGCAUAGCGCUGCCAGGAACUGGGACCCUGGUCCUGGCUCUGUCCCGGGGAAGGAGCCUGGCUUCUCCCAAGGUGAACUGGACUUGUCCGCACUUCAUAUUCCAGAAGCUCAGGAAGCAGAAUCCUCUUCUGGUCACGGUGCCUUCCCUCACACACCCGCCCCAGCCAAUGGCCCACUGCACGGGGACUCCAUCCGCCACCUUGACCACCUGGAGCCCAGCCCUCCCUCGAACCUGCCUGUGGACACAGCCGCCAGUGACCCCCUCGCUGCCUCUCCAUGUGAAGUGCCCACUGAGAAUGGAGCCAUGGAGCCCUGGGAAGACCUGCCCCGAGAAGACUGCCAGCCCAGGAGGCCCAGCACAUCAGUGCCGUCCGCUCACUCAGCUUCCGGCCAGGGAGGAGAGGGGCCUCCCGAGGAGCAGCCCACUGAGGGCCUGCGUGCAGACGGGGUCCCUGCCGACUCUCAGGACAGCAGCCCCUGUGCAGACAGAACUGACUCAGGGUCAGCCUGGGGUGGGCCCCACCUGCCCCUCCGGAGGAUGAACCUCUACACCCACAGCCUGAAGGGCCUGGUGCUGUCCCUGCUGGCUGAGGAGCCGCUGCUGGGGGACAGCCUGGCCAUCGCGGAGGUGUACCACAGCAGCCUGGCGUCCCUGAACGGGCUGGAGGUACACCUCAAGGAGACGAUCCCCAUGGAUGAGGCCGCCCCUGUGAACAAGACCUACAACUUUGCACACUAUGACAGCAUUCAGAACGUGCUGAUGGCAAACCUGCCACCCGUGGCCUCAGCUCAGGAUCGCCGCUUCCUCCAGGCUGUCAGCCUGAUCCACUCUGACUUUGCCCGGCGGCCCACGCUGUACGAGAUGACUAUCAGGAAUGCCUCCACGGCCGUGUACGCCUGCUGCAGUCCGGCCCAGGAAACCUUCUUCCAGCAGCUGGCCUCCCCGGUGCGCAGCUCCGGCUUCCCCGGCCCCCAGGACGGCGCCUUCAGCCUCUCCAGCAAAGCCAGGCAGAAGCUGCUCAAACACGGCGUGAACUUGCUGUGA